AUGCUCCGCUUCGACGAAGAAAUUCUAGACUCUUGGGGUCCAGCAGUUUGGGGAGUCAUCUUCGACCGAUUGCAAAGUGGAAACGUUAAAGGUGGCGUGUUGCAGGUUGCCUGGCCAAGCAACAUCGACAAGAAAACACCAAAUCAGCAGAUCCAAUGGGCUACCAAAUUGCCUCUUCCACAGCUCCCUCAGAAGGCCCUCGAGAUCAUAUAUGACAGAAUGGUUGGAUUCUCACUGGGAGUUCGAUAUAUGGAGGAGAAGAAGAUCCACGCUAUGCAUGGACUCGUACAAAAUACUGGACCCCUCAAAACGAGCGUAGAAAGAUGGUUCAAACGCCCUGGUACUGUCGAAAAAUGGAGAGAAUUGAUCCACUCCUACGCGGAUUAUGACGAUGCAGUGGGCCAUUUGUCGGAUUGCAAAACGUUCCCAAGAGAAACUGACAACCAUCCAUUCAAGACCAACCCUGCAUACGAUGCCGCAAUGCAAUGCUCUUUCUGCUUAGAGUUCCUAGUCCAUUCCAAGAUUGUCACGCCCAAUGGCUAUGACUUAUCAGGAAGAAGCUGGCUGGAGGCAGGAUUGAAUGGUCCCAACAUGGAUUUACUCACCUUCAUUGUCAGCAAUGCGGAUCCUCAACAUCUGAUCAAACCCAGAGACAUCAGAGAAACCCGCGAGAACCACAUUCUUCUCUCACUCGUCGGUGUCGGCGCGUUUUCUCAAUUUGUGAUUGCCCUGAACAGGCUACGCCAGGCAAACCUCGUGCCGAUCGAGGAACUUCGCACAAUCUUCCACGACGCAGCGAUGCAUGAGUUCUGCGCUGUCGCACCAGUCGCCGUGGCGGAAGCACUAUACCAACACGGGCUCAAUAUCGGAAAUGUCGAGCACCAGUAUCACGAACUUGGCGGGCAGCUAGAAUCCUCCUGGCACAUCGCAGCAGCAUUCAACCCCGCCGGAGCUAGGUUCAUGUCCUGGCUCGAAAAAUUCUCCAUGCUCAACGCAGAGAUCCGAAACUCAGAAAAUAUGAACCCACUGAUGUACGCCGCAUGCUUUGACGAGCCAGCCGCAAUUGAUUGGCUGUGUCAGAAAUGCGAUCCCAUGCAGCCCAGGUUGGAUGGAGGCCCGAAGGGGUAUGCCUUGAUCUGCGCGGCUCGAAGCUCAUAUAUUCACAGCGGCGAGAUAUUCGCUAUUAUCCUCUCACACUUACCGGAGUCGCUAUUCAGCAACGAAUACGGCAAGAUUUUUGGCACUGAGAUCGCCGAAGGACUGGCAUCACACAAGCGCAAGCUCGACGAUGGCCGAGCUACCGAGCCCACGCUAAGCGUGAUGGAACUGCUCGCAGUGCGCAAAAUGCAAGCUCUCAUCCGCCGCCUGGGCAAUAAGUGGCCUGGCAGUGAAUGGCAUCUAGCACUGGAUGCGUACCUGCGUAAUAAUGAUAUGACUGUCCUCAAACACAGUAUCGGUACAGGGACACGGCUGCUUCGAAGCGGUAGCUCGCGGGAUAACUCACGCACUCGAGGUGAUUGGAAAAGCUACCCCAGAAGCCCCCAGCUACAACAUACCCUUGAUACGUUACGCAGUAAUUCUGGGUAUGAUGUGCCACUGAUGUAUGAUGAGGAUAUGGAGCCGAAUCCCGCUCGUGCGAAUUCUAUUAGGAAGAAGAGGCCGGCCCAUAUUACUGCUCGUAGUGGUGGAAGACAGACUCUUGGUCCUAUCAGGGAUCCUAGCAAUAUGAUCACUAAGAAUGUGAAAAGAAGAGGACGCCAAAGCUAA